GCUUUUGCCUCUCCGUUCAGAGUGGGUAAGCAGUCACAUACAAAACUAUAUAAAAGCAGAGGUAACUACGGAACAGGAGGAUCGCAGCGGAACUCGAUGCACUAGCUUACGAGGAUCCACGUUAAAAUUUUGCUUUGAAAGUUUAACACUCUCCAAAUCAACAUUUGAUACCCAUACACAAAGAUGGUCAAGCCAUUUAAGGCACCUCGUUUGAUGACAGCCAGCGGUGGCCGAAGUGGUGGCCGAAGUGGGGGCCGAAACGGAAGUGUCAGCUCCAAGGAUUCCGACCAGGUCUAUUGCGUGCUGCUCCACGUGGUCGAGGCGAUAAACUUCAUUGGACGCGAUGCCACUGAUCGUCAGCAGAUAGUGAUGAACGCCGCUCUAAACAGCGUGGACUUUGAGGUGGAGGGCACCCAGUCGGAGGAGACCAUCAUCUUUAACAGCAACUGCAUCUGGGAGUGUGACCUGGCCGGGAUUAAGCGGCUGAAAACCGAUCACCGUCCCGUCAAAAUGACCUUUUAUGCCUGUCGUGGCGGCGGAGCGGAACGAAAGACCAUUGGUACGCUGCUCCUGCCUGUCCGAGGACUGCCAGUGCUCGGCACGGUGGGCAGCCACAAUAGUCCGCACUUGAAGAUGUUCUGGCACAAGCUCAUCUGCACCAGCAGUGAGUUCCGCUCCCACAAGCCGGAGGUGCUGCUCAUGCUGACCAUUAUCAAGAAGUCCAUCCUCCACACCAAGGACUUUGAACACUUCAUGCAGUUUACCGAAGUCAAAGCGCCACCCACACCACCGAUGCAGUCGCCCGGACACUCGAUAACUGCCAGCAUGCUCCAGUCGCAGGCCAACGUCUAUGUACAAUCGUUGGUGCAACUGGGCCUGCUGCAGGUGGGCAAUGAUCCGCUGGUAGACUGUGACAUUAUCGAGGUGGUGCUGCAGCUGAAGGAGCUGAGGAACGUGACCGGGCUGGUGAAGUCGCUUAACCAGGGCAAACCACCUAGCUCCGUGAUUCUGGUGUUCGACUUUGUGGGCAAUGUAACCAACAUCGAGUUAAAGUUAAACGAAUCCGACACCUACACUCUCAACGAUGUCCUUGGACUGCGUUUCAAGACAUCCUUGCGCAGCAUGAGGCUCUAUUUUCAGCGCAUCUUCUAUCUGCCCAUUAACAUGUACAUGAAUGGAACGGCUAUAGCUCAUUACCGCAUGGACUUCACUAAUCUUCUACCUACGGAUGACUUCUUCUCCGACAACCGAAAGUACACCGCCAACGGCUCCUUCUCCUUCAACCGAUUUGGCCGGACGGACAGCGGUAGGGAACCCAAGCCGCCACUAAUGGAGUACACAUUUAGUGUGGAUCUGAAGACGAUCUUUUCAAGGCAGGAGCAGGAGGAGCCCGAACGAACACCUUCGAUUGCCAGCGGCGUCAUUCGAGAUGUGCCAAAGGGUCGCAAGGACCCCGAAGUGACCUUGCACACACAAAAUAACGCAUCCUUGGAAAGUCUGAAUGUAGGUGCUGAGCUAUCAGCCUCGGAUGGAUCCUAUCGAUCUUUACCUCCCGAAAAAGCCCUCGACUCGGAUGGACCGUCGCAUUUGGGACAGUCUCAGAACAGGAGGAAGAAAUUCACCCGGCUGAGCAGUAAAGAGGUUAACUUGGAUAGCGAGGAUGAGCAGUAUUUGGGACAGACGUUUUGCGCCUCGGUAGUUCGUUCGAGUUUGAAUUUGACUGAAAUUGAAGAGACAGCUGAUAUUAGAUCUAAUGCAAUGAAACAAUUGGAUGAUUCAGAAACAGAAGAAAUCGAAAUGAAAUCUAAUGCCAAAAAGUCAAAUCGCAAUACAUCUCCACAAAGAAAGUCACCGAAUUCAAUCCAGGAAUCAAAGAAAUCAAUCAGGGAAUCUUUAAACAAUCAUUUAACAACUACAUCUUCAAGAAAUACCAGAAACUCUUUGGAGAAUCUCGAAAAUGUUGAUGAACUCACUUCUUUAGAUUUGUUCGAGCUUGAGGAAAAAAGACUAGAGAAGAUAGCUGAGUUGGAAAGGAUAAAAUCAGGUCAAAGCGAGACCUUAGUGCGAACGGAGCUCAAAGUAAGAAAACACAAAAAGGCAGACCUGGAAUUGCAAGGGGAAAAAACCCAUCUAGAAGCAAUUAAUGAUGUCUCACCAAAAUCUUCAAGAAAAUCUAAACCGGUUUCCCAAAGUGAACUAAAUAAUGUGCCACAAAUCCAGGAACAUCUGCCUAUAUUAACUAAUCAAUCGGAAGUAAGAGGCUUACAGAAGGACAGCCACGAAGAGAAUGAAAAGGACUUAAGAUACGAUCAUGCUCUUUCUGAAAAACAGAGUUCCUCCAAGGAAAAGUUAGGCAAAAAACCAAGAGCUUCCAAAACUUUGAAAGCACCAGAGCUCAUGGACACUGAUUUAGAGACAGACAUAAGUUUAUUUAGUAUUCAAAAGAAACGGAAAUCUAAAUCAAAAAUAGUUAUAUCCGAUGAAUUGGAUAACUUUGAAGAUUCAUCCACCAGUACUGUGGAAAAAGGAAGACCUAACCCCUCUAAAGGCGAUCUAAACCUUCGGGCCCGAUGGGUGGAGGUUAAUAAAGUGCAGACUCAAGCCUUGGUUGAAACGGAAAAGUUUCUUCAGGAGACUUGCCCCGCUGAGCUCGACAAGGUCCUCUACGAGGAUCAGGUGGCGCUCGGUCAGGCAAAAGCUUCCAAGCCAAAAAGGAAACUUAAAAAACCCGAAGAGGAUAAGGUCAAAAGAAUCGAUCAUGAAACCUCUUAUGGGGAGGAAAUCUCUUUCCGUCAGCCUGAAAGGGAUCCUAUGACAAUGAUAGGUGAAAAUCCGAUAAACCUGAACGAUUUGGCGAGCUCUGAAGAGUAUAUCUCUCUGUCGGAAGGCAAUUUAAGACCUGCUGAAAUUGUUUACACAGAAACAGAACAGCGGGUCACUCUUGUCAAUCCCAAACGAGAUCGUGAAAAGAAAAAAAUGAGCUCUUUAUCAAAGGACGAUCUUCUGGUUGAAGUCAGGUCCGAAGAAUAUAUCAGUAUGACUAAGGGUAAUCUUAGAUCUGCUCGUUCUAAAACAGAUUGUGUUAGGAAAAAGAAAAAAAAUCCGAUACACGACGAUCAGGUAUACCAGGCGGAGCUUACACCCUCCGAGGAACCUUCUUCGCAGUCGGAAUCUCGAGGGAUCGAUAAUGCAAAUCCUAUAGCGGAUCAGCCUCAAGUAGAUCGUGUAAAAAAAAAGAAGAGGGCUACGUCAGGAGACCAGCAGUUGAUCCACGUUGAGUACACCAGUUCCCAAAAAAGUAUCUCCAAGACGGAGGGUAAUGUAAUAUGCAAAGAGUUAAUAGAUCCUGAUGUACAUACGGAUGUUCAAGUCUUGAAAAAGAAGAAGCUUAAGAAGACUUUGGUAACGAAUGAUACUGUCGCUCAAGACUACGAAACUUUAGAAGCGGAAACAGUAAAGCCCGUCAAAAAGAAAAUAAUCAGGAAGAAAUCAUCGGUUGUUCUUGAGAACAUAGAAGACACCGAUAUUAGAAGACCUGCCGAUGAAGUUGUUUCUACUCAGGCUAAAAAAAUUAUUAAAAAAAAGGCCAAGCCUGUGUGUGAUAAUCCAACAGUUGAGGAAUAUCCGAAAACGAAAAAAGGUGAAUCUCGAAAGUUAAAAACCACGUCUGAGGAGGAUUUCACCAUGGAACAGCCUUCGAGUACUAUUGACUCAAUAGGACAAAAAAUCAAGUCCUGGCGGAGGCAGCAAAUAGACCUCUUUGAGCAGGAGCUGGCACGCAAAGAGAUGCAUUACAUUAAACAGUUGGAGCAGAUGGAAAGCCAAGAGGCCGGAUUACAUCAUCUGCACAAGGAGGAGACGAAUCUGGAUGAGACCUUUAAAAGCAAAAAACCUAAUGUAUCUGAAGUUGACUAUGAGGCGAAGUUUACAGAACUCGAGGAGCACAUAGCCCUGCUGAAAUCGGAAAUGGAGGAGCAGGUUAAGCUUUUCGAGAAUCGGAGUAGAGAGUUGCGUCAGGAGAACCUUCAGCUGUACAGCGAAAAAACGGAACUGAAGGUGCGCAUCGCGGCCAUGGAACAGCAGAUUGGGGAUCUCAAGGCACAGGGCUCCGACGAAGGAGACCUCAAGGAAGUACUCGAGGAACUAAGAUCGCAGCAUUACCGGUAUAAUAAUCUGGCCCGCGAAAAGGAACACUUUAGGAAGCGUUGGCGCAGAUCGGCCAAACGGGUGCACGCCCUCAAACUGGCCAUGUACGAAAGGAGCUUGGAAAGGGAGCAUAACAAUAUUAGAGUCGAACCCAUUGACCUGCGAAAGAUCCUGACCAAGGAUGCUGUGGAAUUUGAGCGGGAGUACGGACAGUUUCGCCAGAAUGGCAUGUCUCCAAGAUAUACCCUCAACUCGCUGUCCGGAUCGGGUGACUUUGCGCCUCCAAACAGAAAGCAAAUGGCGGCUCAUAAGAUUUAAAGAUACGAUCCAUUCGAUUUUACCAAAU